AUGGCGAUGACGCUGCACACAUGCAGGCCCUUCGAGAGGAUGGAGUACUGUCCCAGCUGCUACAACGCCCGGGGGCCUACGUACGUCAAGGAGAGAGGGAUGGUCAACACCGACCCCGCUGUACUCGCGGAGUACGGCGACGGCGAGUGGCCCCUCAGGUGGGCGUACGAAAAGGGAGAGAUGGCGGAGAACGGGAACUACCUCGAGAAAGACGAAAUCGCCAAACGCCACGGCAUCUGCGGCGACCCGGAGCAGAAUGAGGAGGAGGGGGCCAACUUCUACAGCACCCCAAACGGCGACUGGCCCAUCCUCAACACUUACCAAGAGGGUCAAGUGCUCGAGAUCAAGCUCGGAAUGACCGCCUACCACUGGGGGCACGUUGAAUUCUUCAUCUGCAACGCCGACGAAAUGGAAGACCCCGACGGCAUCGCCAACCAGGAGUGCUUCAACAACUACCCCUUAACCCGGGCCGAGGGGGACGACGAAAACAGCCCCAUCGACCCCAACUACCCGGGCCGCUACUACGUGGACCCCAAGUGCCGCGAGGGUGAGACCGACCAGACGAAGCCGGAGGGUGCCCAGGACGGGUACGUGAUCCACGCCAGUUACCAGCUGCCGGAGGGCCUGACCUGCGACCGCUGCAUCCUGCAGAUGAACUAUUACACCGGCAAUUCGUGCAAGCACGUCGGGUACGAGGAGUUCGAGCCGGCCUCGUGGCCUAGCGCGUGCGCCCCGGAGAAGCACGACUGGAUCGAGCUCGACCGCUACCUCUGCGGGGAGAACGGGUCCUACCCGGAAGAGUUCUGGGCGUGCGCCGACUUCGCCAUCACGCCCGAUGGGAUGGCCAACCCGACCCCAGCACCCACCGAGCCGCUAGCCGACUGCUUAGAUCCGGUCGGGCCUUACGAUCAGUGCGGUGGCGAGGACUACGAGGGAAGCGACUGCUGCCGUGAAGGGUACGAGUGCACGGAAAUGGCCUCCUGCUACUCGCAGUGCCGACCCAUCCCCGGGGGAUGUUCCGAAGAUUGGGACCAAUGCGGUGGAACUACCGAGGUAGGCUACUGGGAGGGGCCCACCUGCUGCUGGCCUGGGGCUUCCUGCGUAGAGCACGACAGGUUCUGGUCGUCCUGCCUGCCCGACGACAACGUGCCCGACGAGGAGUAA